CUACUUUUCUUAAUGUAUUUCACAAGAAAAGCAGCCACCAUCUUUGAUAGAGUAGUCUGGAAAAUGUGUGAAAACAAGAGAAAAUAAGACAAUGAAACACAUACCUUACCCGCUGCUAUGGGCCAGGGAACACAGUGGUUACCAUGGCUUAAUCUGUCACUGAAGUGGACUUUAAGGGGUGACAGGGUUUUUGCAGGCUGAUCUUUCUCCCAAACAGACAGCUUAGCAUUUGUGUGCACAGGAAGAGCCCUUUCCAAUAUCUCAAAUAAGCUGUGUUGGGCUGAAGAGCCAACUUAAUCUCUGUCUCCUACUCUCUUGCACCAGUGGAAUAUGGAGGAAUAAUUAAUGGUAUCCUAAAUUAACCAAAACAUUCCUUGCUUUUCAGUUUGGAAAUAGUCUUUUGGACAAUAUUUCAAAGAAAGAGAAAUCCUGUAAAUUGUUCAGAAAUUGAUCCUUUCACUUAAAAAGUUUAAAAAUGACAGCAAAAUCUGAGGCUGAUAUUACUGACAAUGCACAAAGUCUACUUCUGUAAAGUUCAGCUUUUUCAGGUUAGAGGUUAAUGGGACAACAAGUGAUCAACCUGAUAAUUAUGUGAUUAAAGAGAUAAAAAGAAUAAAGAAUUUACAUUUAAAUUAAAAUGUACGUUUGUAUUUUGGCAGUCUUUGUAGUUUGAAUCGCUUUGUUUGUGAUUAUUCUAUGAUUAAUCAGAUUAAUGUGCACACGCACAGCCUUCACUUGUGAUAAAUGAAGUUUUGAAAGUCGCAUAAUUAAUUCGCCCUUACAUGCACCUUAAGCAGUAACAUAAAUACAGACCAAAUGACUCUAACAAAAAAUGGUCCAUUAGCAGGUCACAUACGGAUGGAGCAUUUACAUCCCAGUAAAAAACUGAGCACACAUGCAUGUCGCAGCCUCACAGACAGCAGCAGCGCGGAAAACUGAUGCGUUCACAUCUCACCGUGUCCCUCCCCUGAAACCCACCUUCUUUAAAGGUUUUUGCGCGUCCGUUUUGUGGGAUAACAUCAGAAGGGUUCGUCCCGUCGAGCCAAUCAGGUCCCUCCCUACCUCAGAUCGCAGCUAUAAUACAUAGGAGUAAAGAGGCUUCUCGCAUAAGUGGCUGUGGCUUCAAACUAACGUUGCGAUUUCGGGGUCAGUCUUACCUCUCACAUCCACGCCGCAAACCUCCGAUGCGUUAUCAGACUCACAUUUCCGCACCUGUCACGGUAGGGCUUGGCGCUGAGGGACACGCGUGAACUAAGGAGACGGCAAGGACAUCGCCGGAGAUCCGCGCAAGGAGAACGAGAAAUCCUGCUAGACAGACCGCGCAGGGCGCUCUAGAACACCGCAGCGAGAUUCACCGUGCGGCAAAAUGCGGCUUAUGACGAGAGUGCUGCUGGUGUCUCUUCUCAGUCUGUCCUUGGUGGUGUCCGGACUGGCCUGCGGUCCAGGCAGAGGCUACGGCACAAGAAGACAUCGGAAGAAGCUGACACCUCUCGCCUACAAGCAGUUCAUACCUAAUGUCGCGGAGAAGACCUUAGGGGCCAGCGGUAGAUACGAGGGCAAGAUAACGCGCAAUUCGGAGAGAUUUAAAGAACUUAUUCCAAAUUACAAUCCCGACAUUAUCUUUAAGGAUGAGGAGAACACAGGCGCGGACAGACUCAUGACACAGAGAUGCAAAGACAAGCUGAACUCAUUGGCCAUCUCUGUAAUGAACCAGUGGCCGGGGGUUAAGUUGCGUGUGACAGAGGGCUGGGAUGAGGACGGUCACCAUUUUGAAGAAUCACUCCACUACGAGGGAAGAGCUGUUGAUAUCACCACCUCUGAUCGAGACAAGAGUAAAUAUGGGACACUCUCUCGGUUAGCUGUAGAAGCUGGAUUUGACUGGGUCUAUUAUGAGUCCAAAGCCCACAUCCAUUGCUCUGUCAAAGCAGAAAAUUCGGUUGCUGCAAAAUCUGGAGGGUGUUUCCCAGGUUCGGCUCUGGUCACGCUCAAAGACGGAGGGCAAAAGGCCGUGAAGGACCUGAACCCCGGCGACAAGGUGCUGGCGGCGGACAGCGCCGGGAACCUCGUGUACAGCGACUUCAUCAUGUUCACAGACCGAGACUCCGCGACGCGACGUAUCUUUUACGUCAUAGAAACGAAAGAACCCGUUGAAAAGAUCACCCUCACCGCUGCUCAUCUCCUUUUUGUCCUCGACAACUCAACGGAUGAUCUCCACACCAUGACCGCCGCGUUUGCCAGCAGUGUCAGGGCCGGACAAAAGGUGAUGGUUGUUGAUGAUAGCGGUCAACUUAAAUCUGUCAUCGUGGAACGGAUAUACACGGAGGAGCACCAGGGCUCGUUCGCACCAGUGACUGCUCAUGGAACCAUUGUGGUCGACAGAAUACUGGCGUCCUGUUACGCCGUAAUAGAGGACCAAGGUCUCGCGCAUUUGGCCUUCGCGCCCGUCAGGCUCUAUUAUGACGUGUCAUCAGUCCUGUUCCCCAAAAACUUCAUCAGUCAGUCCAGUGCGACUUUACAACAGGAGGGAGUCCACUGGUACUCCAAGCUCCUCUAUCAAAUGGGAACGUGGCUUUUGGACAGCCACAUGCUUCAUCCUUUGGGGAUGUCAGUAAACUCAAGCUGAAAACCUUUAUAUGGAAAUUAAGCAAGAGAAAUCACACUAAUGUAGGAUAUAAGACAAUGUUAGAACAAGAGAGAAAGAGAGAGCGAGAGUGAGAGAGAAAGAGACAAAGGCCCCGAGCGGAGUUGGGAUAUUUAUUACAAUGACUUUUAAAAAAAAAAUGUCAUUUUCAAAGAAUAAAUGGAGCCUUAAAAGUUUUCUUUGCAUAAUUUAUUCUCGCGUGAACUCAGGCUGGUGGCACACAAACGGAUUCGAAUGAUCAUCCAGCGGUGCAGAAUCUAUUUUUGUAUAUCUCAUGUAAACAGGAAAAAAAAAAAAAGAAAAAACGAUAAUGUAAGAAAAAAGAAAGAAACUUUCAUGACAGGCUGUAACAUUCUGUGCAUAUGUGCAAAUGACUGUUAUAUUUUAGGGGCAAGCAAACGCCGUGGGGCUCCAGAAAUUAUAUUUUUAUACACAGAAUUGUACAUUAGAUUUUGACCGAUCGUUACCUAAUCACUUUUCGUUAUUUGAAAUAGUGUAAGAUACGAGAAUAUAUUUUAAUUUAAAUAGGUGCAGAGUCUUUGCAGUCUUGUGCUGUUAUCUCUUUUAGAAUUCUCUAUUAUUUUGUCAUUGCUUUGGUUGUCAGAGUGGGACAGACAUAUUGUUCACUCUUCUCUGGUUUCAUUGUUUCUUGUAUUUCUUUAAGAAAAUACGAAAUGCACAUUCUGACAAUUCAGUAACGAUAAUAGUCCCACAGUAAAGAACAAAGAUUUUCGUUAAACAAAUUAAUAAGUAACUACUGUACAUUUACUAAAAUGUAUUUUUCUUUUCAUAUUUUGUAAUAGGUAAAUAGUUUUAUAGAAAUAAAAUGCAGCUGAUGCACAGUUUGGAUAGCAUAUGAUUGAGUGGCCAUACCAGUUAACCUACCUUUCAUUGAGGCAAGGUGUCAGGAAAUGUAUAGAAUUUAUUAUUUAUAUGUUUAUUAUAAAUGAAUGAGAUAAAGAAAAUAUUCAAACUGA